AUGCUAUUCGACGCUGUGGUUUGUCCCGGAGGAAUGGGUGGGGUCCAGAACCUCAUAGAGAGUCCCAUCGUGGGCAAAAUAUUAAAGAACCACCAAGUCUCUGGAAUGGUGGUCUCUGCCAUAUGUGCUGCCCCCAUGUGUUUGGCUGCCCACAAGGUUGGGGAGGGGAGGACUGUCACCUGCUAUCCUGCCUUGAAAAAGACUAUAGAGGAUUAUGGCCAUUUUAAGAAUGUCACUACUGGAAAUGACGUUGAAAUUGAUGGGAAUUUUCUCACAAGUCGAGGACCAGGUACUGCAAUGAAGUUUGCUGUUCAGUUGGUGGCUCUUUUGAGAGGACAGUCAAUUGCCGACAAAUUGGCCAAUGAUUUGCUUCUUAAUUAA